ACCUGUUAUUAAGCACAGAGGGCACUGGGAGGGAGAGAAAAAGGACGCAGGACGCAGGACGCAGGGCCCGGGGCUCGCUCUGGCUGGCUGACUCGCCCGGCCUCCGCGCCAGCUCCGGCUCAGUCUGUCUGGUCCUCCUCGCUCCCUCCUCCAGCCUGCCCCCCUCCGCUCCCGGGGCAGCCCAGAUCCGGGGGGAGAGCCGCGGGGUGUCCCCACCGUACGCGCCAGCGCGCCGGCUCUCCGCUUUUCUCUCCAGCUGGGACUGCGGAACGGUCCCCAGCUCGCUCGAGAUCGCCUUGCGGAGCGGAGCGGAGCCGCGUCUGCGGGCAGCGAGGAGAAUCUCCCAGGCUGCGGGGGAACGCCCGGCUAACGAGGGCCAGGGUCUGCGCUCCUAGGAGCUCUCCUUCCAGCCUGUUCCUGGAACCGCCAGUCCUCCAGGCGUCAUGGAAGAGUGGGAUGUACCCCAGAUGAAAAAAGAAGUAGAGAGUCUGAAAUACCAGCUGGCUUUCAAGAGGGAGAUGUCUUCCAAAACAAUCCCCGAACUGCUGAAGUGGAUUGAAGAUGGAAUCCCCAAUGACCCAUUUCUGAACCCCGACCUGAUGAAGAACAACCCUUGGGUGGAGAAAGGAAAAUGCACCAUCCUGUAGUGAGUGGCUCCAGCUGCCCCUCCCAGACCUGCCCUGGAGCAGCCGCUCCCAAUGGGACAGAGAAUUCUUCCCCAUCACUCCACCCCCUCCCACUGACUCAAUCUCUUCUCUGGUUUUCAGUUAGGUCCAUGCCUGCUAACGCAAUCUCAUUAUUGCCUUGGCUUCUCAUUUGUAAGGGGGUGGGAGGGGAGGGGGAGGCAGGAUUUCAAAUCCUACAGGACAGGGACAAGGGAGAAAUGAGGGUUUAGGGAAAGGUUAACUGGGCCAGGGAAGAAUCUGGGCAGCGGGGUGCCUAUGGGGUAUGGGGUUAAGACCACCAUCUAAGUGACUAUGGCAGGGUAGGAGAGGAGGGAGCAUUACUUCAGCUGGUCUUAGGGUUCUUGUUAAUGGGGAUUUCAUUUAAUGAUGCUGAUAUUGGUGUAAAACCAUUCAGACAUUUUUUGGGGGGAGGGGUAAAUGAACAACUUUUAUAAAAAAACACAAAAACUUUUCAAUGGUUUUCAAUACUUUUGUAUAUUGUAGAAUAUACAAUUUUACAGUCAACAGGCUGACCAUGCAAGAAACUUAAGGUUUAUACAUAAAUAAAAACAAAGCAAUACUUCACAAA